AUGAAUUCACAAUGUGGCAGGCUCGUAAUAUUGGUGAUUGCAGUUGCUUGGUGGCUACCAUGGGCAGAUGGGUUGCAGCAGAGAGUGGGAGAUUCUAUAUGGUCUAUUCCAGCAUACAGAGAUUUCUAUACUAACUGGUCCUCUUCCCAAUCCUUCCAAAUAGGGGACACUCUAGUUUUCGAUUUCCAAUCCGACUUCCACAACGUACUUCAAGUAUCAAGAAUCGAGUACGAGGAUUGCACCGCCGAUAACCCGUUUCAGUCCUUUUGGUACGGUCCGGCCACCGUUCCUUUGGUCCAAGUAGGCGUCUACUACUUCAUCUGUAGCGUCGGAAACUACUGUGUUCUUGGACAAAAGGUCUCUGUUACAGUCCACCCCACUUCACCAACUCUACCAUCGCCACCGCCAUCGCCAUCGCCACCGCCGUUACCUCCGCCGCCUACAUCGGCUCCUUCGCCACCGCCAUCGCCAUUACCUCCGCCGCCUACAUCGGCGCCUUCGCCUUAA